AUGAAGCGCAGCAACUAUACCCGGAACACCAAUGUACCACCAAAGGUGACCGUAAUCUCAGAAAAACCUGUGGAACUAGGCGAACCCAACAUCCUCAUCUGUUUCAUCGAUAAGUUCUCCCCACCAGUCAUCAAUGUCACAUGGCUUCAGAAUGGAAAACCUGUCACCACAGGAGUGUCAGAGACAGUCUUCCUGCCCAGGAAGGACCAACUUUUCCGCAAGUUCCACUACCUCUCCUUCAUCCCCUCUACUGAGGAUUUCUAUGACUGCAAGGUGGAUCACUGGGGCUUGGAAGAACCUCUUCUCAAGCACUGGGAAUUUGAUCUGCCAACAUCUCACCCAGAGACAACAGAGAGUGUGGUGUGUGCAUUGGGCCUGUUUGUGGGUCUGGUGGGCAUCAUCGUCGGAACCAUCCUCAUAAUCAAGGGUGUGCACAGAGGUAAUGCUGCUGAACUUUGUGGAU